UUAAUUGCAAAAAAACGGAAAAUGAAUAGUUUUGAUCGUUAUAUUCCGCCCAAUGCCCAUAUCGAAUCAUCCACAGAGGGGGAAAAUUGAUUUUUUGGUGGAACAAUAAGUCCACAAGGUUUUCCAUCACUUCAUUUGUUCACUGAACAUUUAAAAUUUUUUAAAAACAUUUUUGCUUGAUAUUCCUCUCUCCUUCGGCGCCAUAAAUGGCGCGUAAAUAGUGAAAUGAGCGUCCGGACGCAUUCCGAAUGAACAACCGGUGAGCGAUAGAACCCUGGCCUUCACCUUCGCAUAAAUCCACCUCCGCAUUCCCAGGUCAAUAGAUGAUACUUUGUUACCGACCUUGCCUCCUCCACAAUCGAGCCACCCACAAGACGACAGAGACCACGAAAAGUCCCCGACGAAUAUGAAUCCUCAUAAUCCUCGAAGCAACUCCCCAAAGACAUUCUCAGAAGUCAAUACCGUGUCUCCAAAACUCGGUAAUGCCAAGGCCAGUGAUGUCACGGUUGAUUCUGACAUAAAUAAUGUGACACCGCAGCCUUGGGCCGUCGAUGAUAAUCCGAACGAGCCAGGAGAGUUGAGGGAGUUGAUCACCUGGAAGGAGAUCGCCACCAGCCCAGGGGAGUCUGUUAACUUUGAUGAUAAAAGACAGCUCGAAUGGACUCGAACUGUCGAGAGAUUGAAUCGGACUUAUCUCAUCAAGGAAUCGAGUGACGUUUGUCCAGGUCUUCCAGUCGUCAAUUCGACUCGUUCAGGGGGAAAAUCGGAUUUGUCUUGGGGGAGUACAUCUCCAGCUCCUCCCAGGACAAUACACCUCAUGGGGUCCUCGAAAAUCACUCCAAUACCUCUGCAAAUUUUCGACACGAUAUCGAUCACCGGUGACUCCCUGGACUCGGCGAGGUCCAGCGAUAAUUUCAUGAGGAAACGAUUGCGCAGGAAAAUGAAUCUUCUCCGGAAGAGUACGGACUCCCUCGUGUCCUCAUUUGACAGAUCCCAUGACACUUCACAGCCUGACAGUUCCCAAAUGUUUCCCAAUAUUGGAGUCGACCCGAAACAUCCGGUCUUCCGUCAGGGAAAGAAAAAAGUCUCGCACCGGGAGAGAGCAGCAACAAAUUCUAAGAAUAGAUUGGUAACUCUUACACAGAGACGACCUGAACCCUCGAAAAAUCCCUUGGUCCUUCCCCCGGUGGUUCCCCUGCGUCAGAGGUAAUAGAUCAAGUGGGUACCAACGAACUAAUUAAUUUAAUGCAUCAUCCUCUCGCCGAUUAUCUGAUAUUUGACGAACGAAUAAUUCUGAGUUGAUUUUUUCUUCUGUUAUGCCAUCAUAAUGGGGAUUAAUUAUUGGACGACAAAUUAUUAUAAAUA